AUGUCAUCAUUAAGAAUGCCAUUGAAAUAUCUAGAUAAUGCUAAAAAGAUCCUAUGUAUAGGACGUAAUUAUGCAGCACAUAUUAAAGAAUUAAAUUCAGCACAACCACAACAACCAUUUUUUUUUUUAAAACCAAGUUCGUCAAUUUUAAAACCAAAUAAUGGACCAUUUUUAAUACCUAAGGGAGUAAUUGUACAUCAUGAAGUUGAAUUAGCUUUUAUAUUAAAUAAAGAAUUAAAAAAUUUACCAGAUUCAUUUUCUCCGGAAGAAGCUUUAGAUGCUAUAGAUGGAUAUGCAUUAACUAUUGAUAUGACUGCUCGUAAUGUACAAAAUGAAGCAAAAGCAAAAGGAUUACCUUGGUCAAUUGGAAAAGGUUUUGAUACUUUUUUACCAGUUUCAAAUUUUAUUCCAAAAUCUGAAAUUCCAGAUCCUUAUAAUGUUGAUUUAAAAUUAAGUAUAAAUGGAGAAACUAAACAAGAAGAUAAUACAAAUUUAAUGAUUUUUCCAAUACAUAAAAUUUUAAGUUCAAUGUCAAAUAUAAUGACUUUGGAAAAGGGCGAUUUGAUUUUAACUGGUACACCAAAGGGAGUUGGACCAAUUGUUGAUGGAGAUACAGUUGAUGCUACUUUAUCAGUUGAUGGUAAAGAAAUUGCAAGAAUUGAUAUAAAAGCUGAAACAAAACCAGGGUUCUAUGAAUAUAAAGAGACUUAG